CUUGUUUACUUCCAAAUCUGAUAAUAUACUUAAAUCUUAAUUGAAGACGUACAACUUAAUUUUACUACUUUUCUGUCUAUUAAUGUUCUUUGUAGUUUUAGCUUUGAGUUAUUAUUUUAAUUUAGAAAAGUGAUGUUGCAUACUCAUACUCUACUGAGUAUUUCAUGACAUUCGUAAAGGGCUGCUUUCAAAUGACCCAUUGGGUAUGGCCAAAGUCACUAGAAAAUGGGAAAUGUUCCCUGGUCGCAACCGAUUCUGCUGUGACGGUCGGCUCAUGAUGGCACCAAAUGCUGCCGUGUUUUACAUUAACGUGGUCCUCAUUAUCGGCACAAGUUUUUUGUUUUUUGUAUUCGACUGUCCGUACCUUAGUCACCGAGUUACUCCUGUGAUUCCAAUUAUAUCCGGUGUUUUGUUUUUAUUUGUCAUCGGAUCUUUGUUUAAGACUAGUUUCACAGACCCUGGUAUAAUACCAAGAGCAACUGCUGAUGAAGCUGCUUAUAUUGAGAAACAAGUUUAUAUUAGUAUACCAAAUAAUGGAGGAACACCAACUACAAGACCUCCACCUAGAACCAAAGAGGUAAUCAUCAAAGGAAAUUCAAUCAAGCUCAAAUAUUGUGUUACGUGUAAAAUAUUUAGACCACCACGAGCAUCCCAUUGUAGUUUAUGCAACAAUUGUGUGGAAAACUUUGACCAUCAUUGCCCAUGGGUUGGAAAUUGUGUUGGUCGCAGAAACUACCGUUUUUUCUACAUGUUUAUUGUUUGUUUAUCUCUACUCAUCAUCAUCGUUUUUAUAGGAGCUGUGUUACAUUUACUUUACUUAUCUGAAAACAGAUUAAUGGUCGAUGCUAUUUCUGAAUCGCCUACUAGUGUAAUUGUACUUAUAAUUACAUUCUUUAGUUGUUGGAGUGUAAUUGGUCUUGCUGGUUUUCACACGUUUCUAGCUGCAUCGAAUCAAACGACUAAUGAGGAUAUUAAAGGUUCUUUUGCGAGCAGAACUGGUCGGCCAAAUUUCAAUCCAUACAGUCGAGGUAACAUCUGUGCUAAUUAUUGUUAUGUACUGUGUUCACCGCGUCCUCCUAGUCUUCUAGACAGACGUGGCAUUGUUUCAUCCCUGGUGGAUUGUAAAUCUUUGAACAAAAGCCGAAGUAGAGAUACAGUUAUAUCUAAUAAAGGAUUUGAAACACCUGAUGUACCUAUCAAUCAAAACGGUAAAGCGAGAGCCUACGACAUUCCUUUACAUCAAUAUGGUUCAUCCAGUAUGGUACAACCAGAUAGUCUCGAUCACAAUCAACGUACAUUUACUACCUCUAUGCCAACUAUACAUCAUCAUACUCAAAAUAUGAAUCAGAACCACACCAUAAAUGGCAUAAAAUUCAACAACAGUGUCACAUCAUUGAACAAUACAUUCAAUGACACAGGAAUCUACGAGACUAUAGAACAUGGUCGUGUAGAUCCGGCACUGGAUUUGGAUGACGGGUCUAAAGCAAUACCAACAAACGUUCCUCCACUGAGUGCAAGCCGAUUACAGCUACUUCAAGAUACAACUAUGAUUGAAUCUGCUCUGGAUUUAGAUUCACUCGAAGAGACGUCAUCAAUUGGUACUGGAAGUCAAGUUAAAUUGGUAAAAAACAAAAAUACCUUAUGACUAAAUAAGUAAAACAUAAAAUAUGUACCUGGUGGCUUUUUAGUCAAUACUUAUAUGGUAGUUGUGCAAUUCCUUGGUGUAAAAAUGUUAUUUGAUCCAAACAAUAAUUAUAACAUUUUAAAAUGGUUUACGACUUAAGUAGUGGCAUAGUAUUAUUCUAACCCAUCUAAAUGACUGCCCGAUAAAUAUAUAGGGUAAAUAAUAAUUAACCUGAUUAUGUGUUAAGUACUUAUAGUUUGUUAUAAUUUUAAAUAGGUUAUUCUUUAUUUAAAUUAAUGAGGUCUUCAUGAAUAUACAGACUUCACAGUGUUUUAAAACAGUACUAAAUAUUUGUUACUACCAAACACCAUGUCAUUUUUUUCACUUUUCUAAUACUAUUGUAAUAUUAUUGAAAAUAAAUAUGCUAUGUAUGUACAUUUUUUUUUAUUGUAAGUGAUGUACAAUGCAACAUAACAAGUUGUUCAUUCACAAAUCCGUUAGUCUAGUUUGACUUAAUUACUGCUGUAUGGUGAUUCUUCAAUAGAGUCAGGGUUUAUUUGAUAAGUAGAUAAUAUUUUUGAAAUUUUUUCUUUAAAAUAAAACUAACUAAUUAUAAUUAUUAUCAUUAUUAUAAAUAAGUAUAUAUUAUAUACUUAUAUAUUUUUUGGUGUUACCAUCUUCCAUAAGACUUUUAAAUGUUCACAUAGGGAAAUCAACUAUUUUUUUUAUACUUUAUUGUUAAUAUUCAUUAGUCUCCAUUAUAAUUUUUUUUCUAAUAGGAGAUAUUAUUUAAUAAAUGUGGUUGUGCUUUUUAUUACU